AUGAGCUACUUGCUAAGAUGGACUGCUUUCCUUUGGACUGUAAAUUACAUUCCUUGCACUUUUGGGAUGGCAGUGAAUGAAAGAACAGAUAACUCAUGUCCCCCACUGAAAGUAGAGGGACGGCGUUUUUCCGAUAGUUUAGAUCGCCCUUUACAAAUUACAGGAUUUGAUCUGACAGAAAAGUUUCUUCUCCGAAAGGGAACAAUCACAGAAGACAGGCCGUCAUUUCGGUUGGGAAGCAGCCCACUUAUUAAGCCAACAGAAUUAAUAUUUCCAAAUGGACUGUCAGGUGAAUACUCUCUCGUUUCCAUCUUCCGGCUAAGAAAAACUACAAAAAAAGACCGUUGGUUUCUUUGGCAGAUAUUCGACCAGUCAGGAGGCACACAGGUCUCCGUUGUUGUCGAUGGUGCCAAGAGGGUGGUGGAGUUUUCUUGUCAAGGUCUGCUUAAGAACACUCUCCACUACACAUUUAAAAGCCGUGACCUGUAUGCCCUGUUUGAUCGCCAGUGGCACAAGCUGGGCAUUUCUGUGCAGAGCAACAUAGUCUCCAUCUACAUGGACUGCAAGCUGAUCGAAAGGAGGCUGACUGAUGAGAAGGACAGCAUUGACCCAAGUGGGCGCACUCUCAUCACCACACGGAUGGAGGAUGGACGGCCUGUAGAUAUUGAACUUCAACAAAUUCUUAUCUACUGUGACCCAUAUUUGGCAGAGAUGGAAAAUUGCUGUGAGCUACUUGAGACCAAGUGUGAAGCCCAGCAGACAUCUAGUGGGACUCCCCCUCCUCUGGUUACAGCCCAGCUCCCCCGGAUGCUGUCUCAGCCGGCCGCACAAUCACAAUCACUUGACAUAUGUCAGUGUUCAGCUGAAAAGGGAGAUGCUGGUCUUCCGGGUGUGAUUGGACUGCCAGGACAAAAGGGGGAUAAAGGAGACAAGGGUGAAAAGGGAGCACCAGGAGAGCCUGGUAAAGAUGGAGCACCAGGAAAAGACAGGGUGGUGAAGGCUGCACAGAGGACUGUGGGGAGCAGCCUUCCUACCACCUCGGACCUCUACACCUCACGAUGCAGGGGGAGGGCCCUCCGCAUCUUGAAGGACUCCUCCCAUCCCGCUCACAGUCUGUUUCAGCCCCUCCCCUCAGGCAGGCGGCUGAGGAGCAUACAGAGGUUUGAAAGAUGGAAAGUGAAGCACUCAGGUGAACAGUCUUUGUGUCACAUUACCAUCACUUGGGAAUGGGUCAAGCAGAGAGCAGAUAGACAGGGCUCAAUAGGCAGCCCCACUUGGGCCAAGAAGGAUGAGGAUGAGCAGCCAGGCAGAGAAGAAUGGGGCUUCAAGUCCUGGGAUGGGGUGGAGGUUGACAGAGAGUCCAGGUUUAUGUCCCAGUAG